CCAUGAGUGCAGUCGAAAGAAGUGAAAAUGGGAAGACAAAUAAUAUUAAACGCAGUUUUGUUACUAAUAGUAUACGAAAUAUUCUUGUUGGCUACAGCAACCGGAGAAGAGCCGUGUCAAUUAACCAACAAACAAAUUGAUGAACAAUGCCGAUCUUAUGCUGAUAAAAUCUUCAAGCCAAUACUAGUUUAUUUAGAAAAGAGCGAAAUAAAGAAGAAAAAGAUAAUUCAAUUAAAUUCCAAUCUUAUGGAAAAGUAUCGAGAAAUUGUAAGAGUCUAUGAAAAAGUAAUGAAGGAGACAUUUCAGCUAGAUGAGUAUAAAAACAAAAUAUUAAAACAACAAAAUUCUCUGCAGUUGUGUGAAAACAAAGUUAAUAAAUCAAAAACUGAGAUUAAUUCCCAAACAGAAAUAAUUGAAAAACUUACACCAAAUAUGACAUUUUCUGAGAAUAUUGUUAAAUGCAAAGACGAAUUAGAAGAAAAAUCAAAAGAUUUGGAAACUUUAGAACUUCAAUUCAAUAAUAUAAAUUCGAGUCUUAAUGAGCAUAAUAAAAAUAUUUCGUCAAACGAAAAUUUUCAAAAUGCAAUGGAAUAUCAGAAAACAAUUGAGUUGAAAUUAAAAGAGAAUAAAGCAAAAUUAGUAGAGAAAGAAAAAGAAUAUCAAUUAUGUCAAGCGAAAGUUAGUGAAUUAAAUGCGACUGCAAAGGAAACGAGUCCCUCUGAUUGCAUUCCUUUUGGAGAGCAUCCUGGUAUUCAUCAAAUCAAAGUUUCUGGCAUUGGUUUCAUCGAUGUUUUGUGUGAUAGUCAGGCAGCUGGACCUGGCUGGAUCGUGAUACAACAGCGAAUCGGUGGAAGCGAGAGUUUCAACUUGGAUUGGGCAAACUACCGCAGAGGCUUCGGUGCUUUCGAUGAGGAUUUCUUCCUUGGCUUGGAGAAGAUUUAUCGUCUGACCAACUCUCGUCACUAUGAGCUAUAUGUGCAUAUGGUUAGUGCAGAUGGCAAAGUAUACUACGCUCAUUACGAUCACUUCAAAAUAUCUGAUGAGGAUCAUGGUUACGCAUUGAGCAGCCUUGGCAAAUUUAAUGGGACUGCUGGUGAUGAGCUCAGAAUCCAUGAGUACAUGCGCUUCUCAACAUUCGAUCGAGAUAAUGAUAUGAAUAAUCGUCUAAAUUGUGCUGACUUUUACGCCAGUGGCUGGUGGUACCGCAAUUGUUUUAAUUGUAAUUUAAAUGCAGUGUAUGGGCAGGAUCUAAGGUGGUCUACGUAUUUUACUCGUGUUAUCAAAGAAGCAAAGAUGCUGAUACGCCCCAAAGAAGAGAAGAAUAAGUAAAGGCAACUGAUAAUUUAAUACUUAUUUUUUUUAAUUAAUUAACUAAAUGUGUAUCUUUAUAUUGCUCAAUUUAAAGUUGUAAAUUUGUGUUUGUUCUCAUGUUUAGAUGGCAAUAAAUGUGUAAAA